AAUCAUUGUUUAGAUCUCGAUAUUCGCUACUUCUGGCAGUGGACUGAUUUUACCAGUUAUAUUGAAUGUUUGGCCACUUUUACUGUUUUCAGUGGACUCUUAAUGUAUUUACUGAUUGAUGUCUCAGUCUUUGUGGAAACCGUUGGCUUUUUAUCGGUUUUCAUCGAAGCCCUCUUAGGCGCCCCACAACUCAUCAAAAAUCACAAAAAUAAAUCGACGGCUGGAAUGAGUAAACUGAUGGUGUUUUUAUGGACAUUCGGUGAUGUAUUCAAAACGACAUAUUUUCUGAUUAGAAGAGCUCCCAUCCAGUUCUGGAUCUGUGGUCUCCUACAGGUUUCCAUCGAUUUAUUCAUUUUCGUCUUUGUGGAAACCGUUGGCUUUUUAUCGGUUUUCAUCGAAGCCCUCUUAGGCGCCCCACAACUCAUCAAAAAUCACAAAAAUAAAUCGACAGCUGGAAUGAGUAAACUGAUGGUGUUUUUAUGGACAUUCGGUGAUGUAUUCAAAACGACAUAUUUUCUGGUUAGAAGAGCUCCCAUCCAGUUCUGGAUCUGCGGUCUCCUACAGGUUUCCAUCGAUUUAUUCAUUUUCGGUCAGAUUUUAUUUUACAGAAAGCCUUACAAAAAAGUGUCCAAAGCUUAUAUUCAUUGAGAUUUUUAAAUUUGACUUAAGAUUAAAAUUUAAUUUUUU